GGAAAGAGUAACCAGCUCCAAGUCCAACACCAGGCCCCCCUCCAUCCUUGGCACAAAGUGGUCAUCUUUGUUGAAUACACAGAGGUCUUGCCUUCCUUCUUAGAACUGAGGUCCUUCCCUCCAGGUUAGGAUUUUGCCUUCCCUCCCGCUUCCCACCUGUCGUACCUCUUCCUGGAGUGCCAGACUAAGAGGGAGCCAGGCUUGUUUCCACAGCAUCGGGGCCUGAGCUUUGAUGUUCAGAGGCGAGCAUUGCUUGGGGCCCAUUACAGGCGCAGUAUCUUGGUCCCGGGGGUAUAUGCAGUUGUCUUUGACUUUUAAGUAUUGGCUCUGAAAUACAAAAAGAAAAUUAUAACAUCCAAAUUAAUCAUGUUUCAACAAAAUCGUAAAAAAUCUUUUCAAAUAUUUUUCAGCGGAAAAAAAUGACAUUCUAGGUGGGAUAUGGGUUCGUUUAGUCAGUCUGAUGUUAUGGGAUCUGGGACCCCCACCCUGAGUCUGCCAAGGUCCCUGGUGGCCCUGGCCUGCCCGAGGUUUGCACCCGUGCAGGGCCAGGGAGACUCUGCUGGCAGGCAGCGCAGGUGAGCUACACUUGGCCAGUGUUUAGCAAUGUCGACCUUACACUAAGUGGAGUGUGGUCAAGAGCCCUUCAGCUGUCUCCAUUUCAGACAUGGAUGUAGCCUGAGCCACUGCUUCGGUCUGCCACUCAGUAUUAACUGGCAUGACACAGAGUACUUGAAAGUCCCAAGAUACUGCUGACUGAUGAGCAGGUACAGAAUGGGGCAGUUGAAAUUUGCAUCAGAAAGCCAAGUAUAUGAUAAGCUGUGGUGACUAAAACUCACCUACCGCCACUGCUAAUGAUCUAAGUUUGUAGGGACUGUGGAAGUUGGAAACCCCUGAUGCAGAAACCUUGGGGAAGAACCUUUAGGAUCCCCUGGGUAUCCUUAGGUUGCCCUCCAGACAGUGGAAAGGAAAUUCAACUUAACCAGAUGAGGCUCCCCUCAGACGUGGAACCUGAAGAUCCCUCUCAGGAAUCUUAUUCACUCCAGGGUGAGAAGCUGAUCUGGAACCACAGCUACUAGAGGGAGAAAGCCCAAGAGUCCUGAAGAUGGAUAAAAAGCCUUUUCAGAGGCACCGAACCAGUCAGAAUAGCAAAUACACCAGGUGGACUUGAACUUGGGAAGGCUAUGAAGGGCACUCUGGAGAAAGUGCUGUGGAUUACAAGAGUCUGUAAACACCUUAUUUAAAUAGGAGGAUGAAGAGAAGGUGCAUCCUUCAGAAAGUACCCUUCUCUCUGUUCCCUGCUUACCCUAGCUAGUACACACAGCGGUAUUGGUUUUAGGCUCACCAGCAUGACACACAGGGGGUCCAUUAAAGGGACACUUAGAGAGAAAACGAAGGAAGGAGAGAAAAGACAACAGCAGAUCUCUGCCACAGUUCACCACAGACUGGAGCGUGGAGAUUAAGAAGCUGUUGUAAAGCAUCUGUAACCAGGGCUAGCUAAAGUACGGAAAGCUACACCUGAGUCACGCUUUUGGAAGUUUGACCUGAAUCAGGAUCAUCGCUGUAAUAAUGUCCCCCUCCCUCUUCUAUGUGUUGAGGCUUUCCUGAGUGGGAAAGAAAAGGGUGGAAACACUAUUAAAAGAUGGGAAUUGCUCAGAAGCCUGGAGGCCUCCAUUGGAUGUGGGCGGCACGAGAAGAUGACUGUCAUUGGUGGCUUGGCAAUAACAGGGUUGAGGCUCCCGUGGUGAUUCCGCGGUGCAGAGGACAGUGUGCUCCCCCGGGCUCCCAAGGACUGUCACACUGGGCAAAGGGCACGGAGGUUCAGCCCACUCUAUGCAGACAAUGGCACCCUCCCCACUUCCUGCUGUGACGGCAUCUUCCCUCUGUCCCUCCCUCUCCCAGGCGCCUCCACUCCAACCACCUGUACUGCGACUGUCACCUGGCCUGGCUCUCGGAUUGGCUGCGACAGCGGCGGACCAUUGGCCAGUUCACUCUCUGCAUGGCUCCUGUGCACCUGAGGGGCUUCAACGUGGCGGACGUGCAGAAGAAGGAGUACGUGUGCCCAGGGCCGCACUCAGAGCCUCCAUCCUGCAAUGCCAACUCCAUCUCCUGCCCUUCAGCCUGCACUUGCAGUAAUAACAUCGUGGACUGUCGAGGGAAGGGCUUGAUGGAGAUCCCCGCCAACUUGCCAGAGGGCAUCGUUGAAAUACGCCUGGAACAGAACUCCAUCAAAUCCAUCCCUGCUGGAGCCUUCACCCAAUACAAGAAACUGAAGCGAAUAGACAUCAGCAAGAAUCAGAUCUCGGACAUCGCUCCAGACGCCUUCCAGGGUCUGAAAUCGCUCACAUCUCUGGUGCUCUAUGGGAACAAGAUCACCGAGAUUGCCAAGGGAUUGUUUGACGGGCUGGUGUCCCUACAGCUGCUGCUCCUCAAUGCCAACAAGAUCAACUGCCUACGGGUGAACACGUUUCAGGACCUGCAGAACCUCAACCUGCUCUCCCUAUACGACAACAAGCUUCAGACCGUCAGCAAGGGGCUCUUUGCCCCUCUGCAGGCCAUCCAGACUCUCCACUUAGCCCAAAACCCAUUUGUGUGCGACUGCCACUUGAAGUGGCUGGCCGACUACCUUCAGGACAACCCCAUCGAGACCAGCGGGGCCCGCUGCAGCAGCCCGCGCCGGCUGGCCAACAAGCGCAUCGGCCAGAUCAAGAGCAAGAAGUUCCGCUGCUCAGGCUCGGAGGAUUACCGCAGCAGGUUCAGCAGCGAGUGCUUCAUGGACCUCGUGUGCCCGGACAGGUGCCGCUGCGAGGGCACCAUCGUGGACUGCUCCAACCAGAAGCUGGCCCGUGUCCCAAGCCACCUCCCCGAAUACGUCACCGACCUCCGACUGAACGACAAUGAGAUAUCUGUUCUAGAGGCCACUGGUAUCUUCAAGAAGUUGCCCAACCUGCGGAAAAUAAACUUGAGUAACAAUAGGAUCAAGGAGGUGAGAGAGGGUGCCUUUGAUGGAGCGGCCAGCCUGCAGGAGCUGAUGCUGACGGGGAACCAGCUGGAAACAGUGCAUGGGCGCGUGUUCCGUGGCCUCAGCGGCCUCAAGACCUUGAUGCUGAGGAGUAACCUGAUCAGCUGUGUGAGCAAUGACACCUUUGCUGGCCUGAGUUCAGUGAGGCUGCUGUCCCUCUACGACAAUCGGAUCACCACCAUCACCCCCGGAGCCUUCACCACGCUUGUCUCCCUGUCCACCAUAAACCUCCUGUCCAACCCCUUCAACUGCAACUGCCACCUGGCCUGGCUCGGCAAGUGGUUGAGGAAGAGGCGAAUCGUAAGUGGGAACCCCCGGUGCCAGAAGCCCUUCUUCCUCAAGGAGAUUCCCAUCCAGGACGUGGCCAUCCAGGACUUCACCUGUGAAGGCAAUGAUGAAAGCAGCUGCCGGCUGGGGCCGCGCUGCCCCGAGCAGUGCACCUGCAUGGAGACGGUGGUGCGAUGCAGCAACAAGGGGCUCCGCACCCUCCCCAAAGGCAUCCCCAAGGACGUGACGGAGCUGUACCUGGAAGGAAACCACUUGACAGCCGUGCCCAAGGAGCUGCCCACCCUCCGACACCUGACGCUCAUUGACCUGAGCAACAACAGCAUUGGCAUGCUGACCAACUACACCUUCAGUAACAUGUCUCACCUGUCCACCCUGAUCCUGAGCUACAACCGGCUGCGAUGCAUCCCCAUCCACUCCUUCAAUGGGCUGCGGUCCCUCCGAGUGCUAACCCUCCAUGGCAACGACAUCUCCAGCGUUCCCGAAGGCUCCUUCAAUGACCUGACCUCUCUUUCCCAUCUGGCACUGGGAACCAACCCACUCCACUGCGACUGCAGCCUGCGUUGGCUCUCGGAGUGGGUGAAGGCCGGGUACAAGGAGCCUGGCAUCGCCCGCUGCAGUAGCCCCGAGCCCAUGGCUGACCGACUGCUACUCACCACACCCACCCACCGCUUCCAGUGCAAAGGGCCAGUGGACAUCAACAUUGUGGCCAAGUGCAAUGCCUGCCUUUCCAGCCCGUGCAAGAACAACGGGACAUGUAGCCGGGAUCCCGUGGAGCAGUACCGCUGCGCCUGCCCCUAUGGCUACAAGGGAAAAGACUGCACUGUGCCCAUCAACACCUGCCUCCAGAACCCCUGUCUGCACGGAGGCACCUGCCACCUGAGCGAGAGCCACAGCGAUGGGUUCAGCUGCUCCUGCCCCCUGGGCUUCGAGGGGCAGCGGUGUGAGAUCAACCCGGAUGACUGCGAGGACAGCGACUGUGAGAACAACGCCACCUGUGUGGACGGGAUCAACACCUAUGUGUGUGUGUGCCCACCAGACUACACAGGUGAGCUGUGCGACGAGGUGAUCGACCACUGCGUGCCCGGGAUGAACCUCUGUCAGCAUGAGGCAAAGUGCGUCUCCCUGGACAGAGGAUUCAGGUGCGAAUGUCUCCCUGGCUACAGCGGGAAGCUCUGCGAGGUGAACAGUGAUGACUGCGCAGCCCACAGGUGCCGCCAUGGGGCCCAGUGCGUGGAUGCGGUCAACGGCUACACGUGCAUCUGCCCCCAGGGCUUCAGCGGGCUCUACUGCGAGCACCCCCCGCCCAUGGUCCUGCUACAGACAAGCCCCUGCGACCAGUACGAGUGCCAGAACGGGGCCCAGUGCAUUGUGGUGCAGCAGGAGCCCACCUGCCGCUGCCCCCCGGGCUUCGCUGGCCCAAGGUGCGAGAAGCUCAUCACCGUCAACUUCGUGGGCAAGGACUCCUACGUGGAACUGGCCUCCGCCAAGGUCCGGCCCCAGGCCAACAUCUCCCUGCAGGUGGCCACGGACAAGGACAACGGCAUCCUUCUCUACAAGGGAGACAAUGACCCCCUGGCACUGGAGCUGUACCAGGGCCACGUGAGGCUCAUCUACGACAGCCUGAGCUCCCCGCCGACCACGGUGUACAGCGUGGAGACCGUGAAUGACGGGCAGUUUCACAGUGUGGAGCUGGUGAUGCUAAACCAGACCCUGAACCUGGUGGUGGACAAAGGAGCCCCUAAAAGCCUGGGGAAGCUCCAGAAGCAGCCAACAGUGGGCAUCAACAGCCCCCUCUACCUUGGAGGCAUCCCCACCUCCACGGGCCUCUCGGCCUUGCGCCAGGGCGUGGACCGGCCGCUGGGCGGCUUCCACGGCUGCAUCCAUGAGGUGCGCAUCAACAACGAGCUGCAGGACUUCAAGGCCCUCCCGCCGCAGGCCCUGGGCGUCUCGCCGGGCUGCAAGUCCUGCAGCGUGUGCAGGCACGGCCUGUGCCGUGCCGUGGAGAAGGACAGCGUGGUGUGCGAGUGCCACCCAGGCUGGACCGGCCUGCUGUGCGACCAGGAGGCCCGCGACCCCUGCCUCGGCCACAGCUGCAGCCAGGGGAGAUGCGUGGCAACUGGGACCUCAUAUGUGUGCAAGUGCGCCGAGGGCUACAGAGGGGCCUUGUGUGACCACAAGAAUGACUCUGCCAAUGCCUGUUCAGCCUUCAAGUGUCACCACGGGCAAUGCCACGUCUCAGAUCAAGGGGAGCCCUACUGCCUGUGCCAGCCCGGCUUUAGUGGGGAACACUGCGAACAAGAGACUCCAUGCCUGGGGGGGGUAGUCCGAGAGGUGAUCCGCCGCCAGAAAGGUUAUGCCUCGUGUGCCACGGCCUCCAAGGUGCCCUUAAUGGAAUGUCAUGGGGGCUGCGGUCCCCAGUGCUGCCAGCCCACCCGCAGCAAGCGGCGGAAAUACGUGUUCCAGUGCACAGACGGCUCCUCGUUCGUGGAAGAGGUGGAGAGACAUUUAGAGUGCGGCUGCCGCCCGUGUUCCUAAGGCCCCCCGCAGCCCUUCCGCCUCCCGGACUCCAGCCGGGUGGGUGGGGACGGCCACGUGGGACCCCCCCCCACGAGAUUCGCAGUGAAGCAGUAGAAGCUGGAAAGGAAGCAAAAGAAGAGAAUAUUAAGUAUAUUGUAAAAUAAACAAAAAAUAGAACUUAUUUUUAUUAUGGAAAGUGACUAUUUUCAUCUCUUAUUAUAUAAAUAUAUCACACCAUCUGAGUAUAUGUACCAUAUAGUGAGUUAUUUUUACC